AUUGUGACAAAAUUAACAAAAAACAACAACAGAACAGCUCGGAAGGACAGCAGACCAAAUUUUCGAAAAACUUAUUAAUAAAAUGGAUUUAGUGCCAGAAAACUCCUCCAGUGCAAACAAGAGAACAACAGCAGGCGGCAGGGUGAAAUGGAGUGCCGCGCUUGAGAGCCUGAUGAUUGACAUAUGGAAGGAGAAAAUUGAAGAUUUGCGCGGACCACGCCAAAAUUCACAUGUGUAAAUUAAGUUGUCCGUAUGUCCAAGUAGCCUUAGCUGCUUGAUGCGGUGGUCCUCGUGCGGGUUCCGUGGUAUAGAAUCCUUUAUGAAGAUUAUGUUGGAGAGAUAACUGUCUCUCUUAUCACUGGCCUUGUGGUACAGUGGUAUAGAAUUAAUAAUUCAAAGUGUUUACGGCUGGUUGCCGGAGCAAGGUUUAUUAACAAGCGUUAGCUUUCGUUAUAAGAACAGAACUAAAACUAGGAGCCACCAGCAAGCUGGGGCAUAAGCUGAAUCAAAAGUAUUUAAUUGCCAAAGAAUGCAAAGCUACAAAAUAUAUGUACUUAGAGCUACAAAGCUACAGUCGGUAAGCCGACUUGGCAUAAGCGAUAAUGCUGAUCUUGCGGCAUGUGCAAGAUAUCAGAUUACCGCCGGUUGACCGUCACAUUCAGGGCGCUGAACUGAAGUUCGCUGAUUUGGCAUCUUGAGUGCAAACAACAUGGAGCAGAGCACAUUGGACAACGACAAUCCUGAUGAGUACUUUUCGGAUAUUAUUGAGAUGGACCUGGACGGAUCUUGUAGCUCCAGCACCUUGUCUGGGCGUCCGCCAAAGAAAAAGAAAAAGACCGACAUUUCGUGGCUGGCAGAGAUCGCCCAGGAGCGUCUCGAACAACAAAAGGACCUCCACAGAAAGAAGGAGGAGCACGACGUUAGGCAGGAGAAGAUGGUGCAGGACUUGAUCAGCACCCAAACAAAAUUCCAGAACGACUUAUUAGAAGUUUUAAAAAAUAAAAAUAAAUAAGUUUUUAAUUUUCA